CGUCUAGCUAUCACUGCGAACAAGAGGAGAAAGAUAGCAAAUAGUAUUCACUACCCUCAUAUUGUAAUACGAUCUAUUUCGCAAGCGCAAAAGGCCUUCUAGACUUCCAGCGCCACUUCCAGGGGGUUUCCUCACCCGAGAGCCACAAGAUAUAUUGUAGUACCUUCGCAUAGAAUGGCAGAGUACUGGAAGUCCACACCUAAAUACUGGUGCAAGUUCUGUAAAGUGUUCGUAAAGGACACGAAGCUAGAGCGGCAACAGCACGAUGCGACACCCCGUCACCAAGGCAAUAUUCAGAAGUCCCUUCGCGGUCUGCACAAGGAAAAGGAACAAGAGGAACGGCAAAAGCAACGGGCCAAAGAUGAAGUUGCGCGGUUGAAUGGCGUAGUAGGUGGCGGGUCGUCUUCGACGUCAAAUUCAACAACGGCGCCCUCAAAGGCAUCUGGUUUCAAGGAAGCGCCGAGGCAAGCGACGUUGGAGGAACGCAAACGCCAGAUGCAGCAGCUCGCGGACAUGGGUGUCGCCAUACCGGAAGAAUUCAGGAGAGAAAUGGCCAUGGCGGGCGACUGGCAGACUAUCAAGGUCACCCGUAUUGAGCAAGCAAAACCUAAAGAGAAUGGUUCAGAGGAUACAAAAGAGGGCGUGGCCUUUGGGAUUCGGAAGCGCAGGUUCGAGGACCAGGAGGAGGAAGAAGCUAUAUUGGGCACAGGAGAUGCAGCAGCGCCGAGAAAAAAUCGCAAUUGGGGAAACAGAAUGAAGGCAUUUCCCGGUAGCAAGAAGGUUGAUGAUGAGGAUAUAGAUGCGCUACUAGGCAGUGUAACUGUGAAGAGAGACUUGAAGAAGGAGGCUGACGAGGCCGACGAUGCUUCUGCUACAGUGGCAGCAGAUCCAAAGGGGGUCAAAGUCGAAGUGACCGAGGAGAAGAAGACAGAAAUGCCAGAAUUAAAGAAGUCGGAAUCGAACGAGGAGUUAGAGGCUGCUGCAAAGCUUCAAGCUGCGUCGGCUCCCGAAGACACAUCAGCAAAGGCGAUCAACACACCGGGGACUGGCAUCGUCUUCAAGAAGCGGAAAAAGAUUGUGAAAUGAGGCCAGGUCCUGCUAUGGAUAACUUCGUCUCCGCACAAGAGUGUGGACAAGUGAUAAACUAACAUGCUCUCGUGCCACUUCGGCCGAUCAAGGAUGACUCGCUUGACGAACGCCGGACGGAGUAGAGGCCUGCAUCUUCGUCUGUCGUUCUGUCCAAGGUCAUGAUUCAACGGUUCCGUGAAUGCUUGCUCAAAGCGGAAACGCACGCAACUUUGCCGAGCUAAGAAAAGAAAGAGUCGUCCUUGGUAAAUCGCCAUCAGAUAUUAGACCUGCCACAUAAAGAACAGGCCGAUCGUAUUUACACAUUCGUU